AGAGGGAGAGAGGAAUUGUACGUGAGUGUAGAGGGGGGGGCUGGCAGUGAGGAAGAGGAUGGUCCAAUCCCGUUCGAUUUAUAUGAUUUUAUUUUAUUCCCUCCUAAUAUGCCCAUUUCGAUGUUUAUCUUCGUAGUCUACCGGCACCCUUUCUCUGUCUCAAUGUACAAGUAGUGUAAUCUUUUGCACGUUUGAUUUAUUUUUAUGAAGCUCGAUUCGAGCAGCGAGGGUGGCUGGAAUGUGGUCUGCAUGCUGCGAGGCCCGAGAGAAGAACCCCAUGAUCCGUCGAUACGGUCCCGUAGCUGCUUACAUCCUGGUCGGUCCUGCCAAUCCUUUCCGCCAUAUUUCGUGAAGCUCUUUAGUCUCUUUGCGUGAGAUCGGCGCAACAGGAAUUAGAGUAGUUACCGGGCCUGGCACACAGACCGACACGGACAACCCAUACCCCCAUACUCCCAUACUCGAGUACACCGCACCACCACACACACAGACAACCUCUCACCACCCCCCCUCCCUCCUUCCCUAACAUACUGUACUCGCUCACACACACCACACUUUCCACUGCGCCUGGCUGUGGAGUAACUUAGUCUACUCGUACUGUGCACUCACAGGCUCACACACGCCUAACACCAUCCUUUCCACCCAUCCACACGCAACACCACAUACAUACCCAGAUGCUUUUCUUUUUUGCCUACCGGUACAGCACUGUAAGAAUUGGCCCGACAGGGACUGGCUGAUGAAUAGCAAAGGCAAUCGUCGAUGUAAACCCGUUUGAUCCCGUCCAUCGUUUUCCUCUCCAGUACCUUGUUCCCUGGCCUGUUCCUUUCCUUUCCUUUCUUUUUUGGCCCACUGUAUGCCAUGGCCAUGAUAGACGAGAGAUGUUGUAUCGUAGCCAUGUACUUGUACCGCAACCCGUACCAUCUCUGUAGGAGUAAGUUGUCAUCAGUACAGUACUGUAGUACCGUGGGAUUAUGAUAUUGUGGGCUUCAAUCGUAACGGUAGCCCAGUGUUCGGCCUGUUCUUGUUCUGUCUUGUCUCGUCUUGUCUCUCUCGUGGUGACUGGCUCUCUCUCCCUCUCCCUCACCCUUUCCCUCCUCCCUCCCUCUCUCUCUAUCUCCGUCUCCCUCUCAAUCUAUUGCUUUUUUCUUCUUUCCCUUUUCUUUUCUUUUCUUUCCCUUCGCAUUCCAGUCUCUUGCGAGUAAAGUGGGCUCCGUCCGGGUCGUCCGUUUUAUCUUAUUAUUAUUAUUUUCUGGCAGGAAGGACCAUUUUUCCUUUCUUUUUUUUUCUUUUUUUCCCCUCCACGAGUAUUUUCUCUUUUUCUCUAUUUUAAAUCUCCUUUCUUUUUUCCAUUGGUAAAUUGUUGCUUUUUCCUGCCAUUUUUCUUCCCUUUUCCUUUUUCUCUCCAUUCUUCUUCUGGGGUGGGCCCAGUGUGUAUCGAUCUGAAGAUCUGUCUGCCUGUGUUCGUUCGUCACUCCCUCGCACCCUCACUCGUCCCACCCAUUUUUUUCCCUCUUCCCUUCUUCCUCUUUUCUUGGUAUCAUACGUCCCCCUGCUACUGUGGCUGCUGCUUCUCGAGGUGGGAAAAAAGGGAAGGAAAAAAGUAAGAAGGUGGUGCUUCUUGUGCUUCUUCUUGUGCUCGCUUUGCUCUGCUUUCUACCGCUGCUUUGCCUGCGUCUGCUUUUGGUUCCAUUCUUCACCUCUUCUGGGACUCUCGCUCACUCGCUCACUCACUCACUCACGCACUAACUCACGCACUUUCUCUCACUCACCUUUUUCUCUUCCUCCUCUUCGCUUUCCUUUCUAUCUGUCCCUCUCCCUUGCCCUGUGCCCACCUUGCAUUAGCUACUUUGCUAUUCACUACCCCCCCCCCCUUCCUCCCUCCAUCUUCUCUCAACCCCCCCGUUAGUUCUCAAUCUGCUGCUUCUCGCUGCUGGAGUCGGGGUCAUAAUAUCCAGCAGCCGCAGGCUCCUCAUCUGAUGGUUUUAUUGUGUGCACACCAGUGACCAUUAACGGCAACCAAGAAACUCGCCGUCAUCUCGAUCUAAUAAUCCCAGCCCAUCCGCUUCCAUUCAUUGUUCUCCACCAUCCAUCUACCACUGCUGCUGCCACCUUUGUUGCUUUGCCUGCUGCUACUCCUGCUGUUCGCUUCCUGGUGUCAGCUACUUUUCCCCUCGUCUGCCUGCCAGCCUUCCGUUCCCGGUUGUCUAUAUUCGCCAGCCUGUUGGCCCAUUCGCCUCUCUUUCGCCUUAGCUACAAGUAACUGAGUGGGAAGACCGAAGAGAGGGAGAGAGAGAGAGAGAGAAAGAGGAAAGAAAAGGAAAAGAAAAAAAAAAGUUCAUCAGUCACUCACUUCCAGCUUCUGAGAACCUUGAAGACCGGUGUCUGCCAGAUCGAUCCGCUCCCUCUUAGUUGCGAGAUUCAACCCACCACCACCACCACCACCACCACCACCUACUAUUACAACCGCAAAGCCACGCGAGGAAAAAACAACAACACUGUCUGGUUAUCAUAUUCAUAUGAUCGUCAGUUGUCCUUUUUCUUGGAGUGCAUAGGUUCGAGUGAGUUUUCGGGGUUACAGUAAUCGUCCGCCCCUCCCCCCAGUAUCGCCCUUUUUUAUCCUUCCAUCUAUCUCGCACUCCGUUUCGUCUUCUGUCUGUCGCAGGUGAGCUUGUUCAGCCAACCCGGCCCUCGUCCGUAUUGUGUCGCUGUCGUGUUGGAUGGACUCCACCACUCUCUUUCUGUGACCAGCGGGAGUUGAGGAGGGAGAAUAAAAUAAGAUCCAGUUGUUCCGACUGGAUUUGUAGCGGGUCUCUUUUCCUAGUGCUGGAGUCUAAUUCACGAGUUUAUAGAUUGCAUCAUUUCGUCUGCCGAUAGCCUUUGAGCUACACUUUUAGGGCUGAGGUGCUCGUCUGAAAGUUUUGCAACCGGCCAGGGGUUCGCGGCGGCAUUCGACUCCAAUUCCCGUAGCGGAUUUAAUCUUCAAUCUUUCACCAUAACUCCCUCCGCGAUCUUGUUGUCACCUCCUUUGUCUCCCGCCGCAGGCAUGGAGUCAUCGGACAAUAGAAGGCAGAGGUAUGCGUGAAGUGCAGCUUUUUUUCCUUUUUUGUUCCUUACAGCCGUUGCCGCGAGCGAUAAGAUGAGAUCUAACUUUAAUUCUUGCAGCGACACUCUGCCAUCGAUGAGCUAUAUGGAAUUCGAGAGAUCGGCGAGAGAGGCGGCUCAAUUCCAUCAGCGGCAUCCAUCUAUUGCUCGUGCGAGUAUUUCAACAGCCUCACCAAUCAGUCCCACAACAUUGCUUGCACCCCCGGCCCCACCACUUUCAUUCCCGUCAUCGUCCUCGGCCGUCAGCACGAAUGGGUACAUCUCACCGCCGGAGUCCCGACGGACUUCGGGAAAUGAAGAUGGGGGAAGGCAAUCUUUGCCCUCGUUACAGGAAGCGCUGCUUGACAGACUGGAUAAGCCAUUUGCGGCGCCUUCGCCCAUGCAGACCCCCCCUCUCAGCCAGGGUUCCUUUUCCGGUGCUUCCGCACCGCACCCUCCACCAAUGCCACGAAGUCAGCCCUCGGAAUCGCUACCGAGUGUCCAACCUCCCCCACCCUCUUCGGGGCCUCAGACAUAUGCUCCAUCAGCCCCACCUCCACCUCCGGCUCCGGUUUCCCAUAGUUCCGGGCCACCAGCGCCAAUUCACCACCAUGAGGCUUACGAUAGGAGACCGAGUCAAGAACAUGCGAGUACAAGGACCCUUGGGCCCAAUCCAUAUAGCCAAACGCAGCCCCCUCCUCCGGCCAUUCCGGCAAUCCGGCCACCCGAAUCCUACCCGCCGCCACCCGGUUCGGACUACCAAUCUCAUUCCUACCCACCACCCCCGCCACCCCACCACAAUUCCCCUCCGCAAUAUCCCCCUACUCCAUCCUAUCACAGCGGUAGCCAGUCGAGUCAGUAUCCGUUCCCUCCCCACACGUCUUCCGCACCACCACCUUCGCAGCCCUCCUACCCGCCGCAGCCUUCGACGGCCCAGCCUUCCUAUUCCUAUCCCCCCCGAAAUCCGAGUUAUCAAAGCCACGAGAGCAUUCCGCCACCACAAACCUCGCCGGGCUCCAAGGGUGGACUUAAGCGCAAUAGUGGAUACGGAAGCGUGAUAGAAAGGGCGUUGUCGAUAUCAACCAUCCGCCAAGAUCUUGAUUCGGUAAGCCUUAAAAUUUGACAUUUGAGUGUGAGCGAGGGGCGUGAACUAAUGAGCGAUGUAUAGACUAGGGAUCAUUCUUCACGAAUAUAUCAUAUAAUGGGGCAGUGCCAGGAUAUCCUACAGGGGGGACAGGCGCAUCCAACGAAUUUUGAAUCUUCGAUACGCUACUUUGAUGAAGCAUUGCAAUACUCGGUGCGGAUCACAGAAGCGUUGCAGAGUUGCCGACACGCAUUCCAGGAGCUAUCGGCUAAAGAGUAUGCAGAGCAGAGUGCUCAGAAAAUGAAUUCGAGCCAUAUAUCAGAGUACGGAGGCGACGACAGCCACGGAUAUGCAGACGAUACCCGAUCGAAUGGAUCGCAGCAGCCCGAUACGAAGAAGAUGCGCAGAGGCGUGAGUGUGGCCAUAGAAUUCCCUGAUUAUUUGCCUAAUGUCUAAUUUAUUCUAGCGCGCUGCACCGCCCGGACGAUGUCAUAGUUGUCAAAGGGCUGAGACACCCGAAUGGAGACGGGGGCCGGAUGGCGCGAGGACUUUGUGCAAUGCCUGUGGUUUGCGUAUGUGAUUCUUGGUUGUGGUGGUGGGGGGUGGUGGGGUUCCUGAUGCAGGGGCGGAAAUAUCUGACUUUUUUUGCUUCUUCCUAUAGACUACGCUAAGCUUACGCGGAAACUGAGCAAAAACUCCAUGGGAAGCGCUGGAGGAGGACCGUUGGCCGGAGGAAGAAAAGCAGCGAACUCACCACUCCCAUAGCGAACGAGUUUCGUGUAUAG